GUUGAACUGGUCUUGGAAAAGGCGCUGGACAGAGAGGAGCAGGCGGAGGUGGCUUUCAGUCUCAUUGCCACAGAUGGGGGCUCUCCGCCCAGGAGCGGGACCACCCAAAUCCGCAUUGUCGUUCUAGAUGUCAAUGACAACGCUCCGGUUUUCACACAGAAGGUGUACGUUGGGCAGGUUUUGGAAAACGCGCCAGAGGGCUCUGUGGUUCUCAGCGUGGCAGCAAGUGAUCGGGAUGUGGGAGUUAACGGGGACAUCACCUAUCAGUUCAGCCAAGCAGUGGGCCAGAGCCCCUCAGCAUUCGCAAUUGACCCCACGAGCGGUGAAAUUAAACUCAGGAAGCCUCUGGACUUUGAGGCGGCAGAGAAUCACGAGCUCAGUGUGCGGGCCACAGACGGCGGGGGCCUCUCGGCAAUCUGCAAGGUGUUGGUGGAGGUGGUGGACGUGAAUGACAAUGCACCGGAGCUGGUGGUCAGUUCCUUCAGCAGCCCCCUCCCCGAGAAUGCAUUACCUGGGACAGUGGUCGCCCUCUUUACUGUCAGGGACCGGGAUGCCGGUGCCAACGGGAAGAUCUCCUGUGCCCUUGAGGACCAGCUAUUGUUCUCCCUGCGGCUGGCCUAUAAGAAUUACUACGAGCUGGUGACCGUGAGCGCUCUGGACCGGGAGGAGACGGCUCGGUACAUCCUCACUGUCACGGCUGCAGACGCAGGGUCACCUCCUCUCACAACGACCCAGACCUUCACGGUGGACGUCUCCGAUGUCAACGACAAUGCACCUGUCUUCAACCAGACAUCGUACACCAUGUACGUGCGUGAGAACAAUGUCCCCACGGCGCUCGUUGGAGCCGUCAGCGCCUCGGAUGCUGAUGUGGGGCCCAAUGCCAAGGUGACCUAUUUCCUGGCCCCAGCCCACUCCGCAGAGCGGCCUCCCUGCUCCUGCAUCUCUGUGAACUCUGAGAACGGGCACGUGUUUGUGCUGCGGCCUCUGGACUACGAGCAGGUGAGGCAGAUCGAGGUCUUGGUGAGCGCCUCCGAUGCGGGGUCACCUCCCCUCAGGGCCAACGUCACUGUCCGCCUUGUCGUGGUGGACGAGAACGACAAUGCGCCGCUGGUGCUGCACCCCGCGCAGGACAGCA